ACACACAAGAGCCUCUGGGAGAUGUGCUGAAGACUUGUGACUGCCUUGCUUCUGGGAAGGGCCAUUACAUCCCUUCUAUCAAGGCCGAGCUCAGCAGUUGUUCUUUCUCCACACUGAUACCAUAAAUUCUAUUCUUCAAUGCAUGGAAUAUGUGUCAGCAGGAUUAAACCAGGAGAGUCUCCUGAAUGUGGAAUUCUGGAGAAGGCCCUUGCUGUGAGUUCUGAAGUAAGCCAGCCGCAUCCUCAAACUGUGGCUUUGUCUCAGACACUCUUAUUACUGGACUGAAUCUUUCUGCAGAUAACCUGUUCUGAAGUACUUUGACUUGGAGCAAGCAGCAUAGCUGGGCUGCUCUGAAAGCUUGAGAUGGCUCUGACUUCUCCAAAAUCUGUAGCAGGGGAUUUGGCACAUAGAGAAGAACUCAUGCUCCACGAUGGAAACUGUCUCCAUUUCCUGUCUGCAAAUGUCAUCUCAAUAGUGGAAAGAUGUAUGAGUUCCAUGCAAACUGGUACCCAAAUGAUCAAGCUCCGUGGCAGUUCCAAAGGGCUGGUCCGCUUCUAUUACCUGGAUGAGCACAAGUCGUGUAUUCGCUGGAGACCCUCUCGGAAGAAUGAGAAAGCCAAAAUUUCCAUCGACUCUAUUCAGGAGGUUUGCGAGGGGAAGCAGUCAGAGAUCUUUCAGCGCUAUGCUGAUGGCAGUUUUGAUCCCAACUGCUGCUUCAGUAUCUACUAUGGAGACCAUAUGGAAUCUCUGGACCUGGUAUCUUCCAGUGGAGAGGAAGCACGCACCUGGAUCACAGGGCUAAAAUACCUGAUGGCAGGGAUCAGUGAUGAAGACAGCCUCUCAAAACGCCAAAGGACCAGAGACCAGUGGUUGAAGCAGACGUUUGAUGAGGCAGAUAAGAAUGGUGAUGGCAGUCUGAGUAUUAAUGAAGUGCUCCAGCUAAUGCACAAGCUGAAUGUGAACCUACCCCGACAGAAAGUCAAGCAAAUGUUUAAGGAGGCUGACACAGAUGAUAACCAGGGCACUCUGGGCUUCGAUGAGUUCUGCGCCUUCUAUAAGAUGAUGUCGACGCGCCGUGAUCUCUACCUGCUGAUGCUCACCUACAGUAACCACAAGGACCACCUAGAUGCAGAUGACCUGAGACGCUUUCUGGAGACUGAACAGAAGAUGACAAAUGUGACUAAAGAGCACUGCCUGGAGAUCAUCAACAAGUUUGAACCGUGCCUGGAGAACAAGAAGGAGGGAGCUCUGGGGAUUGAUGGUUUCACCAAUUACAUGCGGAGUCCAUCAGGGGACAUAUUCAACCCAGAACACUACCACGUGAAUCAGGACAUGAGUUAUCCAUUGAGUCACUAUUUCAUUACCUCUUCACAUAAUACCUACCUCAUGGGAGAUCAGCUGAUGUCCCAGUCUAGGGUGGACAUGUAUGCAUGGGUGCUGCAGUCUGGCUGUCGGUGCGUAGAAGUUGACUGCUGGGACGGGCCAGACGGUGAACCAAUUGUCCACCAUGGAUACACUUUGACUUCCAAAAUUCUCUUCAAAGAUGUGAUUGAAACUAUCAACAAAUAUGCCUUUAUCAAGAAUGAGUACCCUGUUAUUUUGUCAAUUGAGAACCAUUGCAGUGUCAUUCAGCAGAAGAAGAUGGCUCAGUAUCUUACAGAAAUCCUGGGAGACAAACUGGAUCUGUCUUCUGUGCAUAAUGAUGAUUCUACCACUCUCCCUUCACCAGCAAGUCUUAAAGGAAAGAUACUGGUUAAGGGGAAGAAACUUCCAUCCAACAUCAGUGAUGAUGCAGAGGAGGGUGAAGUUUCUGAUGAGGACAGUGCUGAUGAGAUUGAUGAUGACUGUAAACUAAUGAAUGGAGAUGCAUCUACUAACAGGAAAAGAGUGGAGAAUAUAGCAAAGAAAAAGCUUGACUCACUGAUAAAAGAAUCCAAAAUCCGUGACUGUGAAGAUCCAAACAAUUUUACAGUUGCCACUCUACCAUCAGGAAAGACUGGCCUAAAAUCAGACAGUAAGAAGACUAAACUUGAGGAUGAUGUGGAAUCUGGGGAAGAUUUCAGCACCAGUAAGAGGCACGGCAGGUCAUUGAUGGGCAGCUUUUCCAAGCGCAAGAAAAAAGGAAGCAAAUUGAAAAAGGCAGCAAGUCUGGAAGAGGGGGAAGAUGAUUCGGAUUCUCAAGGAACUGUAGCCAGGAGCUCCGUACAUUACAGCAGGGUAAACCGACAGAAGAAAACAAUGAAGUUGUCCAGGGCACUCUCUGACCUGGUGAAAUACACAAAGUCUGUUGGCAUCCACGAUGUUGAAACUGAAAUCUCUUCCAGCUGGCAGGUUUCAUCUUUCAGUGAAACAAAAGCCCACCAGAUACUGCAGCAAAAGCCAGCACAGUAUCUGCGUUUCAACCAGCAUCAGUUGUCCCGCAUCUACCCGUCUUCUUACCGUGUGGACUCUAGCAACUACAAUCCCCAGCCAUUCUGGAAUGCUGGCUGCCAACUUGUUGCACUAAACUACCAGUCAGAGGGGAGAAUGCUGCAACUGAACCGGGCCAAAUUUAGUGCCAAUGGGAAUUGUGGCUAUGUCCUCAAACCAAGCUGCAUGUGUCAAGGUGUGUUUAAUCCAAAUUCUGAAGACCCGCUGCCUGGUCAAUUGAAGAAACAGCUAGUUCUAAGAAUUAUCAGUGGUCAACAGCUCCCCAAACCACGUGAUUCUAUGCUGGGAGACAGAGGAGAGAUCAUUGAUCCGUUUGUGGAAGUUGAAGUCAUAGGUUUACCUGUCGACUGCUUCAAAGAACAAACUAGAGUAGUUGAUGAUAAUGGUUUUAACCCCAUGUGGGAGGAAACGCUGGUGUUCACAGUGCACAUGCCAGAGAUCGCACUGAUUCGGUUCCUCGUAUGGGAUCAUGAUCCAAUUGGGCGUGAUUUCAUUGGCCAGAGGACAAUAGCUUUCAGCAGCAUGAUGCCAGGUUACCGGCAUGUGUACCUGGAGGGUAUAGAAGAAGCAUCCAUCUUUGUUCAUGUGGCAAUUAAUGACAUCUGUGGUAAGGCCAAACAGGCUCUAGGUCUAAAAGGUCUGUUUCUCAGAAAUCCAAAGCAGGCCUCUCUGGACAGUCAUGCUGCUGGUCAGCUCCAUCGCAAACAUUCCUUUAGCAGCCACAUCCUGAGGAGGACAGCCAGUGCGCCCACCAAGAGCCAGAAGAAGAACAAGAAGGGCUUUCCUGAAAUUGCUUUUGACACAAAAGACAACAGCUCUGAAGGGGUCAGUGAAGACCAUGAAGUGGACGCUGCCUCACAGCCUCGCUUUGAGCAGGAGGCAGAAAGCGCUCCCCUGACACCAGCUCCCCGAGAUGGUGCCAGUGGGGAGGUGCAUGGCAAGGGGUUGAAAGGUAAGGCCCAUGGUUCCCAUAAAGCCGAAAGCCAAAGCUGUGCUCGAGGGGGUGCUGCUUUCAGUGAACCCAUCCAGAGGUCUGACAGGGUCCGGCUUCAGGAGCACCAGAGCGAGAAGCAAAGCGUCUUUGCACGCUGUGCCAUCAACAGCUCUGGUAGGAUUGGAGUGGCCACCAAUUGCAUGAAAUGCAUGAUUGGCUCCCAGGAAAGCCCAGAUCUAGAAUGCCAGUGGAGUGACCAUCCUACCAGGCCUAUUGCUAAAGAUAUACUUCACCAUGACCAGUAUAGCAGUAUAACUGGAGAAGAGAGGUUAGAGCUAAAAAACUGGGGUGUUAAACCUGUGAAAGCUCAGCCCAGGCGGCAAGCAGCAGAUUUGCAGUCUUGCAGCAGCCCUGGAACUGGUGAUGAUCUAACAAGGAGCACCCAGUCUUUUGUGACCCCAGGGAAGAAAACUGUUGAAUCUAAAUGUCAUGGAAUAAAGGCUCAUUCCCGGCAGCAGUGGCAGUGCCAAUCAGGUGGCAAAUAUGGAAGCACUGUCAACUUGGUUGCAGCCAGCAAUGGCUCUGUAUCCUCCAACUCCAGCAGUCUAGAAAGCCUUGGAAGCCCAGAAUUCCCCAAGCGCUGUUCUGAAACUUCUCGAAGGCAAGUGGGUACCCUACAGAGGGAAAUGAACGCCUUGUUCGUUCAAAAGUUGGAGGAAAUUCGAAGUAAAUCCCCUAUAUUCUUUACUGAUGUCUGCCAUUUCUCCAUGCAGAGGUCAGUCACUUCUUUAUGCAGCCUAGAAACUAUCACUGAAGAGCCUGUUAUUGCCAAUGAAAACCAUCACACCAGCCUUUUCUUCCCUCUGCACAUUGCUCCUUACAGUGAUUCUGAAGAAGCAUCUGUGUCUGAUCAUUCCACUGAAUCUCUAUCAGAAGCAAGCAGCAGAUCCAACCAGCCUCAAGAGUCUCUACUCACUAAAGAGCAAAGAACAAAUCUGGCUGCAGAAGACCAAGUGCAGGUAGUCACAAGAGCGGCUGACACAAGUUUAGUAGUUCAAGAGGAUGAGAGGACAGGCGUGGCAGGAUGUCUCAAAGAAGAAAAUGGCUGGAAACAGGCAUGCAGUAAAGCUGAAGACCAGUGUGGACUGGCAGUGCACCCUCAGAAAGCCUGGCUGGUACUGGCAACAGGUAAGACUGAUGGACAACCUGUUGAGAACUGCCAGGACCAAAAUGGCCAACCAGGCAUGAGAAGCGCCAUUGAAUCCAAAGGGCAAACACUCGGUGCAGCAGCUGUUGUACGGCAGCAAAACGAUGCGAUUCACAGCACGCACACAACUUUGCCUCCAGAUACUCUUCAGAAAGCCCAGGCUGCACAGGCUCUACCUGUUUCUCAGACAGGCUCUUACAUGUUAGUACGAAGGUCAAAGAGUGAAGGCCUGAAGAUGGCAGACUCCUCAGCCUUAAUAAAAAUUCCAAGUAACCUGUCUCCAGCAGCAGAGGUAUACUUUGAUGCCACUGUUAAUGACCGGAUCUGGAGCAAGCUAGAUUGCAGCAAUCAUCGUGACAGCAUGUCCUCCUCUUCCAGCAUGUCCUCCAAUGACACUGUGAUAGAUCUCUCUCUCCCCAAUCUAGCUCGCAAAAGCCUCCCAGAUCUUGGCAUCCAUCAUGAGAAUUUUGAGCCCCUUGCCAUAAGGAAGGGUAUGCGUCCACGAUCAGCCACAGCCUCCAGUAACGAGAUGCCAAUGGUGAGCAAGAGCAAAUCCAACCCUAACCUGAGGUCUGGCCAGCUGCCAGCAGAUGAACUGUGCUCCCGUCCUCUUGCCAGGGGUCCUCAAGAUGCAUUCUCAUCCAUCCCUAGAAGGCAUACCUGGAGCAGGCUCUACAUAGAAAGUCUCAGACAGUCUUCUAACAAAUCCAAAGCACAGGACAUGGUUGGGAAUAACCAGGCAAAAUCCAAAAGUCUUGGGGACCUUACCUCUGAUGAUAUUGUGUGCACUUUUGAAAGCAAAUACCGUAGCAUCAGCAGGAGCUUCGUCACUCGGUCAAUGCGGGAGCAGCGCCGCUCUUCAGGCCUGAGAUCCUCAGUCAGAUCCCAGGAUGAACUGACGGAGCAGCUGAAGAAGCUGACAGCCUUUCAGCAGGAAAAUGAUAUCACUUCCCCUAUCAGCCUUGACCCAAGUGAAUCUGAGGAGGAAGGGGAGAGCGUGGGGCUCCUGCGCCGCUCGUCGUCACGCAGCCAGAGCCGGGUGCGGUACAUCGCCAACAGGGCUAAACAGGCCCAGGAGAGGCAGCGGCUGCAGAGCCUGGGCCAGCUCGGUGCCAGCCCCAUCGAAGAGAGAGGUAAUCCCGAGGGAGCCUGCAGCGUUGCAAAAGCAGUUUGUACAGAUACAGCUUCUCCUGCCGUGUUUACAUCCCAGCCCAAGAACCAGACUGAUUAUAACACUGACACAGAAGUCUUCUUUAUGCUGAAACUGUAGUUCUGGGGAGCACUGAAGAAGGUGAUGUUUACAUUCCUAGCAAGCAAACCACAGUGACCUGAGAGGCACAAAACACCCUCAUCUGGCUCAGCACUUCCUGGCCUUCCCUUCAGUGUAAAGGGCCUUAAUAUCAUGACUCCAAAAGAACAGAUGAGUGUUAAAUUUGUCAGCUUGUAGAAAUAGAACCAUCGAGUGAAAUCAGGCACUUGUAUUUUUACAGUCCUGGUGAUCUGACCUCCUUUUUUCUAAAUACACUUCCCCAGCCUCAAAUUUGGCCUCUCUUGUGUGUCACCACUUCUUGCAUUCACAUUUUGCUCCAUGCAAAUCUCACGUUCUUUACAAAUUUCAGUAACUGCUUCUUAAAAUAGCUAAAGCUGAUGUUUAAUAGGUAAAUGUGAUGCUAAUGACAGCUAAAGGUUAAUUUUGCUCUUACAAAUUGUGGAUCCACAAAAAGAGGCUGGGUUGCGAGUCAUGCUUCCAGUCCUUGCUUAUUUUUUGAGGCCUCUGAGGGUGUCUUCUCUGGGAAAUAUUCCAAAUUGCAGUGAAAUUGUUUCAUGAAUUAGUAAUGUGGUAGAUAAAGUCCAUCUUCCAUCGUGGACCUGUUUAUUGCAGAUGGUCUCGACUCUGAAGAAGAGCUCUCGCUCUGUUCCAAAGCAAUGCUUUUUUAAACCAAGCUUGUUUAUAUAUAUAUCUAUACAUAUAUACACAUCUGUGUGUAUGCAAAUAGAUGUCUGCACCUAGCUGUGCACAUGCACACACUUUUAACUGAACUGUGACUGUUCCUUGUCUCAAAGCAUCAUCUGUGGGAAUGAGACAGGAGAGAGAAGGGAAUUACUGAAAAUAGACUGGAAACAUCUUCUGACUUUGAUUCAGAAAUGGCUCAAAAGCAGGCUGGUCUUUGCUUGGAAACAGACCAUCCCUUCCUCCCGGUACUUUAACAAUGCUGCUGUACAUAGCACUUUUUGGAUGAAUUUUACUAUUUCUGUAUUGCACUGCCAUGCAAACUUUUCCAGGUAUGUUUUAAAUAGAGCUAUUUAAUUUUUUGUAGAUGGACACGUUCAGAAUUAAAAACCAACCGAAACACGAGAAUAAUUUUUCCUCCCCAGUUUUUUUACGUUCUGUUUUUAGGGAUGUCAUCGUUGUCUUCCUGUCCAUCCAUCCCCGUCCCCCCCCCAGUUAUUAUGUCAUUUAUUAUAGAUGCACAUUUUACCAGUGAUGGAGAAGAAUGUUUACUGAGAUGUGUUUUAAAGAGAAGCAGGGAUUUAAUUUUAUUUCAGGCUGCAUAGAGGCUGCAUUGUUGAGAGGAUAUUUUGCUUUUUGUUUGUACUGAUUCCUUUGUGUAUAUUGCAAAAUCUAAAGAUCUGUUUGUAAAACCACCUUACACUACUAAAAUAAACAUAUUUAACCCUCCA